AUGCUAUGCACUAGACGCUUCGCACGGCUUGAGCAUAAAGUUGAAAGCCUGAUGAAAGAACUGGAGAUAAAACAACAACAACAACAACAACAGACCCACCCGUCAGACCCAUUUCAUGUGGGCCAGGCCGUUAGCCAGGAGCCGUCCCCGGGCUCGUCGAGUGAGCAUGGAAGAGAUGUUAUGCUCCCGACUAGCUCAAUGCUGUUGAAUAAUGAUCCCUACCGAUCACAUAUGCAGCCUUUGCAAGUCAGUGAGAAUGACAUGGGCUCCUGUGUUGUCCGUUAUCGAGCUGAGAUGGCUCCACACUUCCCAUUUGUUGCCAUUCCAGAUAUCCCGCCCGCAAAGCUGUAUGCCGAAAGGCCAUUCCUCUUCAAAGCCAUGGCUAUGGUUACUUCCUAUAAAGACCGCUCAUUUCAGCAUCAAUUUGGGACUAAAUUGACGGAAGAAGUUGUAAACGCUUGCUAG